UUUGCAGUUGAAGUAAGGAAAAAUGAAACCAGCCGAAAGCAGCUUCUAUUUGAAACCAAUAUUUUUCUCCACAAAACCAAUUAAUACGACGAUUGUGUGAAAGCUCAGCAGCGCUGCAGUGAGAAAAUUCAAAGCGGCAAUGCAACCAGCCGGUAUAACUGCUUGAAUUUAAGUACGGAAAUGAAAGAGGAAAAGCCAAUAAAACCCCAGAAACGAUAUGCAAUAACUGAACACCAACAACAACAACAACAACAACAACAACAGUAACAGCAACAACAACACUAGUGGCAAUAAAAGUAAGCACAUUUUCAUGUGAACUGCGCUGCAGUGAAAAAGUAAUUAAAAACGAACUUUAACCCACAUACAUUGUGUACCGUUAUUUUGCGCGUAAACACACCGACAAACAGUCAAACAACACACACAGCCAAGUGUGCACUUGAAAGUGUUUGCCAUUUGCAGGAAGAAAAACAAAAAUUACUCACAAAAAGUGAGUUUAAAAAAUAUUUGAAAAAUCAUUGAAUUUGCUUUAAGUAAAAGCAACGUGCCGCCGCAAGCAAAGAGGACGAAGCCAAAGUGUAUAGAGAAAGCGAAAAAGAGAGAUAGUGCAGAAAGCACGUACAUAAAGAGUUGUGAAGAAGUUGUGCGCUCAGGUGUGUGUGUAUGUGUGUGUGUGUAUAUGGAAAUUUCAGCGUAUCAUUGCCACUGUAGUAGUGUAGUAGCAGCAGCAGAAGAAGAGGAAGAAGCACCCCAAGUAGUCGAUGCAAAAGCAACAGCGAAACAGCAAAUACGGUUAGGCGGCAUACGAAAUCAGCAACAACCAAAGACAACAAAGCGAAAACUGGAUUACUGUGAAAAACAAAAACAACAACAGCAAUUGCGACGACAGCAAAAAGUAACGGUAACAAGAUGCAGAAGGAAAAUAAUACGACAGCGGAAAAUUGCCAAUUUGUGGGGCCAUAUCGUCUGGAGAAGACGCUGGGCAAAGGACAAACGGGCCUGGUUAAGUUGGGCGUGCACUGUGUGCUCGGUCGUAAGGUGGCCAUUAAAAUAAUCAAUCGUGAAAAGCUCAGCGAAUCGGUGUUAAUGAAGGUUGAACGUGAAAUUGCUAUUAUGAAAUUGAUCGACCAUCCACACGUCUUGGGCUUGAGCGAUGUGUAUGAGAAUAAAAAAUAUUUAUAUUUAAUAUUAGAACACGUCUCCGGCGGUGAAUUAUUUGAUUAUUUAGUAAAGAAAGGACGACUGACGCCGAAGGAGGCACGUAAAUUUUUCCGUCAAAUAAUCUCUGCGUUGGAUUUUUGCCAUUCACAUUCAAUAUGUCAUCGAGAUUUGAAACCCGAAAAUUUGCUAUUGGACGAAAAGAACAACAUCAAAAUUGCCGAUUUUGGUAUGGCUUCACUGCAACCGGCUGGUUCGAUGUUGGAAACCUCAUGUGGAUCGCCGCAUUAUGCAUGUCCCGAGGUCAUAAGGGGUGAAAAAUACGAUGGACGUAAAGCGGAUGUUUGGUCCUGUGGCGUUAUCCUCUAUGCGCUCUUGGUGGGCGCAUUGCCCUUCGAUGACGACAACUUGCGCCAGCUGUUGGAGAAAGUGAAGCGUGGCGUGUUUCACAUACCACACUUUGUGCCGCCCGAUUGCCAAAGUUUAUUGCGCGGCAUGAUAGAGGUGAAUCCGGAUCGACGACUGACGUUGUCCGAAAUCAAUCGCCAUCCCUGGGUUACCGCAGGCGGCAAAGGUGAAUUGGAAUUGGAACUGCCAAUGAUGGAGGUGGUGCAAACGCAUGUCAUACCAUCCGCUUCGGCUGUGGAUCCGGAUGUUUUAAAUGCGAUUUGCUCGUUAGGGUGCUUUAAGGAAAAGGAUAAACUCAUACAAGAAUUAUUGAGUUCGAAUCACAACACGGAGAAGGUUAUAUAUUUUCUACUUUUGGAUCGAAAACGAAGGCGUCCCGCCUUGGAGGACGAUGAUGAAAUCGCUCAAAAAUCACGUAGUGAAUUAGAUGCAGUGGAUCCGCCCAGAAAACGACUCGAUACAUGUCGUAUAAAUGGCACGAACUCGCCCAGCUAUGGACAAAUAUCGGAAGGCUCACCGCUUACGCCACGACGGCAAGCAUUCAACUUCCGGUCCUACAGCAGUUCCCGUAAUCACCAGCGUCGUUCGCCCACAUCGGUUUCGUCGGUGCGUUCCUCAUCAUAUCACAGUCCCACUCGGUGUAAUUCACCUAUUAAUUCGGCGCAACAACAAGUGAAUGCAAUCUCACGUCCAUCCUCGCCAGCGGCCACAUCCGCCGGACACUCGUCCCGUCACUCUACCUAUUCGAGUGAGUGCCGUGAGCGCUCCGGUUCGGCACAACAUCAUCCGUCUGUAAGUCGUACGCCCUCGCAUACGUCGCAAACUGGUGUGGAAGGCAUUAUCGGUGGUAUUAGUAGCACCAGUGGUGGUGGUGGUGGUGUUGGUGACAGAGGUGAUAGAGGUGGCGGCGGCGGUGGUGUUAGUGUUAGUGGCAGUGAUGUUAUUGCGGCACGUGAGGCACGUGAGCGGCGUGACUCGCGUAGUGAGCGUCAGGCGGCCUUGCAAGCCAGCUGUGGUGGCGGUGGUGUGCCCGGCAGUCCCGGCGGCGGUAGCAGUAGCGGUGGUUCAACAGUACAUCAUCGUGCCAAUUCGGGACCGACUAUAGCGAUUAGCAUGUUCCACGAUCCGGAAGCAAAUAGUGUUAUGAAUCCUACAACAUCACCAUUAAUGAACAAUAGCUCACCGGUGAUGCCUGGCUCACCGUGCAAUGCACCUGGUGGUCAAUUGUGGAAGACACGUCUUACAAAUAUUAAAAAUAGUUUUCUCGGUAGUCCACGUUUUCAUCGAAGAAAGUUACAAGUGUCCGCUGAUGAGGUACACUUAACGCCCGAAUCAUCGCCAGAGUUAACGAAACGUUCGUGGUUUGGUAAUCUCAUAACGACAGAAAAGGACGAAACAUUUACGAUUUUAGUAAAGGGCAAACCGAUAGCGACUGUGAAAGCGCAUCUCAUACAUGCAUUUUUGUCGAUGGCCGAGCUUUCACAUAGCGUAGUCUCACCCACAUCCUUCCGCGUAGAGUAUAAGCGCAAUGGUAAUGGACCUGUCAUGUUUCAAAGACAUGUCAAGUUUCAGGUGGAUAUAAGCGCGAUUUGCAAACAGGGCGAUAUCUCGGAUAUGCUGUUUGCACUGACAUUCACUUUGUUAUCAGGCAAUAUUCGGCGUUUCCGUCGCAUUUGUGAACAUAUACAAUCGCAAGUUUGUUCCAAACGUUUUCCCGGGCCGAGUAGUCCACCUACUGUGGCUACCGUUACGCAAGCUGUUUCGGAGAGUUCGUCAUGUGGUUCGGUCUCCAGUGAACGUUUGUCCUAUAAGCGUCAGCAAAUCGAGAAUGAAAUUGAAAAUGACUCGAUAUUUGUUUUCAAAUCGGGCAAUGGUCGCCGUGCAUCUACAACAAAUAAUAAUAAUGCACCGCCGGCAGAAGUUGGGCCCGGAAGUCCAAUUGCAGUGCGCUCAAACUCCGAAACCGAGCAGCACGAACGCAAUCGCGAAUUGCAGAGUGAUCGUCAGGCGACAACAAUGUCAGGGAGUGCAAUAGCAUGAGAAUUAUUUCUCUGAUUUAGUUACAUUUUUAUAUAAAAGUAAUUUAUUUCCAAAACCCACAAAAAAAAGAGAUAAGCAGAAAACUACAAAAAUAUAUCGAACUACAACUACAACAGUCUUACAAUUACGAGUUAUACUUAACAAUAGUAUCAUUUAACAAAUUAAUAAAAACAAUUGCGAAUAGAAAGUAAAUAAGAUUAAAAUUAUGUAAGAUAUACUAAAUACUGAAAUUGUCUGAGAGAAAAAAAAUGCUAUGAAUUUUUCCUAAAGUAAGAAAAAAGUGCUUAUAAUAAGAAUUUGUUGCUUGUAAACCUAUAACUACUGAGUUAUCAUGUGCUUUAAAGCUACUGGAGCUUUUUAUAUUUAUUGUUUAAGCUUUAUUCAUUUUUUGAUUGUUAACUUUAGAACACUCGUAGCUUUCACCUUUAUGUGAGAGCUUAAAGUUUGAAUAUUACCAACUUUCACAUAUUGGUAUGAAAUUGACCAUUUUAAAUAAAAACGAAAUUAAAAGAUAUAAAUUAAAAAAAA